GUUCCUCAACCCAAAACACCCGCUUCUCUCUCCCACUAGGGUUUUAGACUUUUUUGGAGGUUUUGCCACUAGAAACCCUCCAGUUGCAGGCUCUUCGUUCUGAUUUGAUCGGAAUCCUCGAUAGCCAUUCUUCUUCUCUCCGAGUAUUGUUGCCGACGAAAGGCAGAGCACAAGCAAUGGCGGGCCUCGUUCCUCCUCCUCCUCCAACCGCCGCGGCUGAUACGAUUCCGAAGCCGAAAGAGGAUGAGAAAGUGGAUUACUUGAAUCUUCCUUGCCCUAUUCCCUACGAGGAGAUCCACCGUGAAGCUCUCAUGUCUUUAAAGCCGGAACUGUUUGAGGGGAUGCGCUUUGAUUUCACUAAAGGACUCAAUCAGAGGUUCUCACUCAGUCACAGCGUGUUCAUGGGACCUACCGAGGUUCCUUCACAAUCUCCCGAAACUAUUAAAAUUCCCACUGCUCACUAUGAGUUUGGUGCCAACUUUAUAGAUCCAAAGUUGAUGCUUUUUGGGAGAAUCAUGACUGAUGGGAGGCUUAAUGCAAGAGUAAAGUGCGAUUUAUCUGAGAAUCUUACUUUGAAGGCCAAUUCUCAGCUUACCAACGAGCCUCACAUGUCACAUGGCAUGGUCAAUUUUGAUUACAAGGGAAAAGAUUACAGGUCACAGUUUCAACUAGGAAAUGGUGCACUGUUUGGAGCAAACUACAUUCAGAGUGUGACCCCCCAUCUCGCUUUGGGCGGUGAAGUGUUCUGGGCUGGUCAGCAUCGGAAGUCUGGUAUUGGCUAUGCUGCUCGGUAUAACACAGAAAAGAUGGUUGCCACAGGGCAAGUCGCUAGCACUGGAAUGGUUGCUCUUAGCUAUGUACAAAAGGUUUCUGAUAAGGUUUCUCUUGCAUCAGAUUUCAUGUACAACUACAUGUCAAGAGAUGUCACAGCUAGUUUUGGUUAUGAUUACAUUCUUCGACAGUGCCGUCUUAGAGGAAAGAUUGAUUCCAAUGGCACCGUAGCUGCAUUUUUGGAAGAGCGACUAAAUAUGGGUCUUAAUUUUGUUCUUUCUGCAGAGAUUGAUCACAGAAAGAAAGACUACAAAUUCGGGUUUGGGUUGACUGUCGGGGAGUAGAGUGCAGGACCAAUGCUGUUGCAUCAUUCUUGCCGGCAAGAUACUCUCUCUUUAUUUUUCCUUUCGAGUCGAACAAGAGAUCCCUGUAUACUUAAUCUCGGGUAACAUUAUCGCAGGGCGGCAUCAGUUUAGCCAGUUUUAGUAGCCGGUUUCCGUUUGGAGUUCCCUUUUUUCAGUUAGGAGAUGUAGAAUAAGAUUUCGAAAUAAUUCAAAUUGAAUUUCUAGUCACAA